CAUAUACCCGGUAAUUAUCUGAGUGUUUAAUGUAAAGAGGGAAAAAAAAGGAAAGAUAAAAAGGUAACCAAAACAAAAGAAAACAUAACGGAAAAUAUACUGGAACGAGAAAAUAUAUAUAUGUAUUUAAAAGAAGCUGCAAAAAUGCGUGACUUUCGUAAUCGAUGGUAAGAGACUCGAUGCAGUUCUCGGUCAGUGAACGUAACGGUCUUGUGUAAAAAGAAAAAGACAUAUAUGCAUUACGUCGAAGCCUUACUUGACAUGUAAAUUGUCGACCGUGAUGGUAAACAAUUAGGAAAAAAUGUUCUUUUAAAAGAAAAAGUUUUUGUCCACAUAUUUUUAAUCUCUAAAUAGAUGGGAACAAUAGAGAAAAUUAGAACGUAUCGAUUCGUUUCCGAUAGAAUUCAAUUAAAACGGACGAAACGGAGUACGGAGGCCCAGGAUGUAUCAGAAUAUCUGACAAUGAGAAUUGUAGGAAGAGGAAACUCGGCUUGUUGUAAAAAUGUUACACAACGAAGAGAAUACAGGAUCAGAGUUUCCCCUUCAAUUCUUCACCGUACGAGAAAGCUUCCCGUUACUGGGAUCUCGUUCUAAUUUCGCGAGAUCGUCGAAAAACAAAACCAUAAAAAAGAAUAGAAAAACAAAAAGGAUAAGGGAGGAAGAAAUUUCAUUGGAUCAUUUAUUUUUGAUACGAAUCAAUGAAUUUCAGUCGAUGAAAGAGAAAAGUUUCUAAACGAGAGUUAAUCUCAUCCCAGACGCACCCUGACGAAACUUUUUCCUUGUUUGUAAGUGUUAAGAAAAGAGUAGUGGUACGUGUUUCCGUAUACAAUCAUUACGUGGUGCACAUAGAAAAGAUGAGCUGUAAUUGCCCUUUGACCACGGCCACUGGGCCAACAUUGGCCUCCACUUGUGGUGGACCAUCGUUUAUGCUGUUCAUGGGUCUCCUUGAAGUGUUCCUUCGAAGUCAAUGCGACCUUGAAGAUCCCUGUAAUAGGCCUAUACCUCCGAAAAACGUAAACAUGAGAUACGACUUUGUGGUGAUAGGAGGAGGUAGUGCUGGAGCAGCAGUGGCAGCGAGAUUGUCAGAGGAACCAAGAUUUUCUGUAUUACUGUUAGAGGCUGGUUUAGACGAACCAACUGGUACACAAAUUCCAUCGUUCUUCUUCAAUUUUCUUGGAAGCGACAUCGAUUGGCAAUAUAUGACUGAGAGCGAGGAUCAAGCGUGUUUGAAUAAAGACGACAGAAAAUGUUACUGGCCAAGAGGAAAAGUUCUCGGAGGUACUAGCGUUAUGAACGGAAUGACCUACAUGAGAGGCUCCAGAAAGGACUACGACGAUUGGGCCAGGAUGGGUAACAUUGGUUGGUCUUAUCAGGAUGUGCUACCAUACUUCAUAAAAAGCGAGGAUAAUCUUCAAGUCUACAACAUGGAUAUCGGUUAUCAUGGAGUUGGAGGACCACUCACGGUUACGCAAUUCCAUUAUCAUCCUCCUUUGAGCUACGCCCUUCUCGAAGCUGGGAAAGAACUUGGAUACGACACGGUGGAUUUGAACGGACGAAUACACACCGGAUUCGCCAUAGCACAAACGACCUCGAGAAACGGGUCUCGACUUUCCACGGCUCGAGCCUUCCUUCGUCCCGCUAGGAAUCGUCCAAAUCUUCACAUCAUGUUGAACUCAACAGCAACAAAGAUUCUCUUUGACAAUAAUAGGAGGGCAGUUGGCGUGGAAUUCGUUCACGAUGGAAAGUUAAAUCGAGUAUCAGUCGCGAAGGAAGUUGUUAUAAGCGGAGGUGCCGUUAACUCACCUCAGAUACUUCUAAACAGUGGCAUUGGGCCACGAGAUGAACUGAAUGCCGUCGGUGUACCCGUAAUUCAUGAUCUUCCCGGAGUUGGCAAGAAUUUGCACAAUCAUGUCGCCUACGCAUUGACUUUCACGAUAAACGACACUGACACCACUCCACUUAAUUGGGCUACUGCUAUGGAGUACCUACUCUUCAGAGACGGACUCAUGUCUGGCACAGGUAUAUCGGAGGUAACAGCAAUGGUCAAUACGAAAUACGCUAAUUCGAAAGAAGAUCAUCCAGACGUUCAACUUAUAUUCGGUGGUUAUCUGGCAGACUGUGCCGAAACAGGCAUGGUCGGGGAGAAGAAAGGAACAAAUCGUACUAUUUACAUCAUCCCCACCUAUUUGCAUCCCAAGAGCCGUGGUUAUCUUCGUUUACGCAACAACGAUCCUAUAUCGAAACCUUUAAUCUAUCCAAAGUACUUGUCCCAUCCGGACGACAUAGCUGGAUUAAUCGAAGCCAUUAAAUUCUCGAUUAGACUAUCAGAAACGCAAGCCCUAAAGCGAUAUGGUUUCCAAUUGGAUCGUACGCCAGUGAAAAAUUGUCAACAUUUGAAAUUUGGAUGUGACGCUUAUUGGGAAUGUGCCGUAAAACACGACACAUCGCCUGAAAAUCAUCAGGCUGGUUCCUGCAAAAUGGGUCCAGAAGAAGAUCCCUAUGCUGUCGUAGACAAUCAAUUAAGAGUGCGGGGUGUACGAGGUGUUAGAGUAGCCGACACUAGCAUCAUGCCAAAGGUCACUUCUGGCAAUACGAAUGCUCCAGCCAUUAUGAUAGGCGAAAGGGCAGCUGACUUUAUCAAAAGAACGUGGAUAGGUUGAGUGUUAUCAAAUUUUGAAUAUCAAUUUGACAUGAACGUUAGUUGAAGAUAGAUCACGAAUGAUUAUUUUUAGAUAGAAAGAAAGGAUUAACCUAUUUUUUAACCUUUUAAUGACGAUAACACGAAUAUUGACAUCGAUCGGAUUUUUGUCGAUCGAAUUUUUACGAAAUCAAAAAAUAUUCUAAGUAAUAUACUCGUAUUUCGUCUAAGCGAAUUCGCAUUUAUUAAUUACAAAAUAAAUAUCAGCAAAUAUACGACGAAAUGAUAUGUUUUUAAUAUUCUUUAAGUAUGCUCGAGUUACGCUAGUCUCUUAAUUACUUUGCACAAAUAUAAAUCCUAAAAAAAAAAGGAGAAAAAAUUACUAACUAAUUCCACUUAAACGUAGUUCGCUCGAGUAACUCUUAAUAAAAUGAGUUCGCACAUCUUGUAAGUAAGUUAUGAUUAGUAUACUGCCAAGAGACCAGUUUACUUCCCCUUCGUGGGAUAUAAACUUGAGCAAGCCUCUUACUCUCCUUAAAGUAGCUAUGUUCAUCCAAGAGGGUCAAAUUUCAAAUAGAAAAUGAGCGUUAUAAAUAAAAGAAAUAAAAGAAAAAUAUUACAAGAGCCAUGUUUUAAAUGCAUUCUUUUAUUAUAUAUUAUCAUUGUUAUUACUUAUUACUUAAAUAACGUAUAAGUAAUAUUAUAUAAUACUGGGUAGCGUAAAGUACAUAAUACACAAGAAAAACGAUUAAGUAAAUAUAAUAUUUUUCUAUUAAACACGUGCCAACUUAAAACUAUACCUGAGAUCUAUGAUCUAAUUCUACGGACUAGAUGCUCAUAUGAUCGUAUCAUUUAAAAAAUAAAAAGAUUGUGAAUCCAUUUUAGAAAUUAUGCAAAUCGUGAUAGUAAAGAAAAAGAAAAAAAAUCAAUUAUGACUACGCCUACGUUUGUUGCAAUGGUACAUUUUGCGAAUUUUUUGAAUAUCUCGUUUACUAAGUCCCUCCCGUUGUCCAAGUUCAACUUUUGUUUUACCCUGGAAGAUUUCUCCGAUAAGACCCAAAAGACCGCCAGGUUCCUACAAAACGCACGUCAACGUAUCCAAAUGACAAAUACCAAUAGUAUGAAUCGAUAUGAAAUUAUGAACGAUCAUGAUAAAUGAAAAUCUCUUUUUGCAUAUUUAACAUAUUCAAUAAGAUAUAUUACAUGCCAAUGGAACUAACACAUAUUACAACAGAAGCCGUACACGAAGAACAUCGUAAUGAAUAACACGUUAGACAAGAUGAUCGAUGAAACACCUUACUCACUUUUGGUACUAUAGUAGGUUCUCCAUUUUUGGAAAACGCAUAGGCAGAGUAAUGCAUCACGCUGCCAUAAUCAUAGCCAACACCAAAUGCAUCGGUAAUUUCUCCUCGAAGCCUUUUUCGAAAUACUUUCGUGGCCUAAUCGACGGGAAAGACAUAAAUGAUCAUUUAACAAUCAAGAUCAAGAGAUCAAAAGAUCAAAAAAUCGAGAACUUUUCUUAUUUCCAUUUACCACUCAUGAUGUUGUUCCAUUUUAUAGUACUAUAUCAUCUCGUUCGUAUCUACUCUGUUCAUGAAAAAAACCAACAGCGUGCAUCAAUUCAUGAAAUCACGGGUACCUAUUUUGGUUACGCAUCCCGGUACCUGAAGAUUUACGUCUUGCCGCCCACCAAUUUUACCUACGCUACUCCAGCAACCGGUAGUACCUGCUGUAAUUCUAAUGUAAUCGCUUUCCUCGCCGAUAUACGGCUUGAACUUGAUGCACGUAUAUUUGCGAUAUUCCUCCAUAGCAUCAGAAUGAGUUUACGUUGUCUCUCGUCUAUGAAUAAAAACACCGAAUACCGAGGGUAAUCCAUGAAACGAGUCGAGUCCAAGUACCUCAACUCUCUUAAGUAAAAGAGAAAAAAUCUUACACAACUGUUUACCAAAUUCAAUAUUACCAAAGUAAGGACUGAUCAUGUAAGGGAUAAUACCAUUAGGCCAUCUAGCAUUUUCUGCCUUUAAACCGUUUCUACCCAUUCCAAGUGGAAAAAGGAUAUCACCUUCAGCAUAAUUACCCAUUCUCAGGAUUUAACAGACAUUCCCUUCGUGCCAGUU